CUUCUACAUUCUUCUGUUCGUCUUCCUUAAACCUCUGUUCUUCCUAAAACGAUCCUAACCCCUCCCCAAUCUAUUUGCUGAAAAAUCUAAUCCAAUCCCAGUUUGCCUAACCCUUUAAUACACAGAAAAGAAUGAUGGUUACUCGAGCAGCUAAACUUGCAAGAUCAGCACUUUCUGCGAGGAAAACCCUUAAUUCAUCAUCGUCAUCAUACUAUAAUUCUCUUUGUCAUCGCAGCAACAGUCAAAUUCUGAAUUCCAGUAUAAUAGAGAAUCCUAAUACUCGUGAUAUUAUUUCUUCUUCACCAAUCAAAGGAGCUAACAAUGGAGUGAUUUCAUCAUCAAUCAACUAUUUUAGCUAUUUACAACAACAACAAAGACGCCAUUUCCAUUCUUCAAAUCCUUCUUAUUCUCCUUCUGCUUCUUCUGGAGAGGUAACUCCGUCUGAUUUUACUGAGAUGGCUUUGGAGGGAGUUGUUGGUGCUGUAGAAGCAGCAAGGCUUAGCAAGCAGCAAAUUGUCGAGUCCGAACAUUUGAUGAAAGCGCUUCUGGAGCAAAAGGAUGGAUUGGCUCGAAGAAUAUUCACUAAGGCUGGUGUUGACAAUUCAUCGGUGUUACAAGCUACCAAUGAAUUUAUUAAUCGACAACCUCAGGUGGAAGGUGGCAGUAGUGGACCUGUGAUUGGGCCACAUUUUCAGUCUCUGUUGGAUAAUGCUAGAAGGCAUAAGAAAGAAUUUGGGGAUGAUUUUUUGUCAGUGGAGCACUUCCUCCUCGCAUUUAGGGAUGAUAAACGGUUUGGCAAGCAGUUAUUCAAGGAUCUUCAACUUGGUGAGAAUGAAUUGAAAGAGGCAAUCAAAGGAGUUCGAGGAAACCAGAGAGUCACUGAUCAGAAUCCCGAAGGAAAGUUCGAGGCACUAGAUAAAUAUGGGAAUGACCUAACAGAACUGGCCAGGCGAGGUAAACUCGAUCCUGUUAUAGGCCGAGAUGAUGAGAUAAGGCGUUGCAUCCAGAUAUUAUCUAGAAGAACAAAAAACAAUCCUGUUAUUAUUGGUGAGCCGGGGGUAGGAAAAACUGCAAUCGCUGAAGGGCUAGCUCAAAGAAUUGUGCGAGGAGACGUUCCUGAAACCUUACUGAACAGGAAGCUAAUAUCAUUGGACAUGGGCUCAUUGAUUGCUGGUGCGAAAUUCCAUGGAGAAUUUGAGGAAAGGCUGAAAGCUGUCCUGAAGGAAGUCACUGCUUCCAAUGGGCAGAUAAUCUUAUUUAUUGAUGAGAUCCACACUGUUGUUGGUGCAGGGACUAAGGGUGGAGCAAUGGAUGCUGGCAACUUGUUGAAACCCAUGCUUGGUAGAGGUGAACUGCGUUGUAUAGGAGCAACAACAUUGAAUGAGUACAGGAAAUAUAUUGAAAAAGAUGCUGCUCUAGAGCGCAGGUUCCAGCAGGUUUUCUGUGGUCAACCAUCCGUGGAAGAUACAAUUUCCAUUCUUCGUGGACUACGUGAACGUUACGAGCUGCAUCAUGGUGUUAAAAUAUCAGAUAGUGCCCUUGUUUCAGCUGCUAUUCUUGCUGACCGUUACAUAACAGAACGGUUUUUGCCUGAUAAAGCAAUCGAUCUUGUUGAUGAAGCAGCUGCAAAGUUAAAAAUGGAGAUUACCUCAAAGCCCACUGAAUUGGAUGAAAUAGAUAGAGCCGUACUGAAGUUGGAGAUGGAGAAACUAUCUCUGAAAAAUGACACUGAUAAAGCAUCUAAAGAGCGGCUAAGUAAGCUGGAAAAUGAUCUUUCAUUGCUGAAAGAGAAGCAGAAAGAACUGGCAAACCACUGGGAACUUGAGAAGUCUUUAAUGACCAAAAUUCGAUCAGUUAAGGAAGAGGUCGAUAGGGUAAACCUAGAGAUGGAGGCGGCUGAACGUGAGUACGACUUGAAUCGUGCUGCGGAACUCAAGUAUGGGACCCUAAUAUCUCUGCAGCGGCAGUUACAAGAUGCUGAGAAAAAACUUGCUGAGUUCCAGAAUUCUGGUAAUUCUAUGCUUCGAGAAGAAGUCUCAGACCUUGAUAUUGCGGAAAUUGUUAGCAAAUGGACUGGCAUCCCUCUGUCAAACCUACAACAGUCUGAAAGGGACAAACUAGUGUUGCUAGAACAGGUUCUUCACAAAAGGGUAAUUGGACAAGAUAUUGCGGUGAAGUCGGUGGCUGAUGCCAUCAGGCGUUCAAGGGCGGGACUUUCAGAUCCAAAUCGACCUAUAGCAAGCUUCAUGUUCAUGGGCCCUACCGGUGUUGGUAAGACCGAGCUUGCUAAAGCUCUUGCAAGUUACCUUUUCAACACCGAGACCGCUCUUGUAAGAAUUGACAUGAGCGAGUACAUGGAAAAACACUCUGUAUCACGAUUGGUUGGUGCCCCACCUGGCUAUGUUGGUUAUGAAGAAGGUGGUCAGCUAACCGAAGUCGUUCGUCGAAGACCGUAUUCUGUUGUCCUGUUUGAUGAGCUUGAGAAGGCACAUCAUGAUGUUUUCAACAUUCUAUUACAGCUGUUGGAUGAUGGAAGAAUAACUGAUUCGCAGGGUAGGACAGUAAGUUUUACCAACUGUGUGGUGAUAAUGACAUCAAAUAUUGGGUCUCAUUUUAUCCUAGAUACUCUCCGGAACACCAAGGACAGUAAGGAUGCUGUGUACGACUUGAUGAAGAGGCAGGUUGUAGAGGUGGCUAGACAAACUUUCCGCCCAGAGUUCAUGAACCGUAUUGACGAGUACAUUGUUUUCCAGCCACUCGACUCCAAAGAAAUCAACCAGAUUGUGGAGAUACAGCUGAAUCGAUUGAAGGAUAGGCUUAAUCAGAAAAAGAUUGAACUCCAUUACACACAACAAGCGGUUGAUCUGCUAGGUGUGUUGGGUUUUGACCCCAACUACGGAGCCCGACCUGUAAAGAGGGUGAUACAACAGAUGGUGGAGAAUGAAGUGGCUCUGGGUGUUUUGAGGGGAGAUUUCAAAGAAGAAGACACAGUGCUAGUUGAUGCAAAUGCCGAUCCCAAAGAUCCUUCUCAGAACAGACUGGUCAUAAAAAAGCUUGAAACUUCUCCCGUAGAUGUCAUGGUAGCCCACCAAUAACAGACUGCUGAUGGUAUGGCGUAGUGCAAAGCCGUCUUAUGGACCAGGCCAGCUAGGCUAUUGCUUAGAGCCUCACAUUGUUAGGGCACAAAUUUUAAUUUUUCUUGCGACUUAGAUGUUUGGGAGCUCCUACAUAGUGGUGAAUCUGGUGAUAGUUGUAAUUACACUUUAUAAUUGCUGUUUGUUAUAAAGUGUACAGCGUCCUGCUUUCAAUCGUAUUUAGCUAUCUACUUGUGUACAUUUUAUAACAUUAAAAUGUACUUUAUUAAGCCGUUCUUUUCAAAAUAAUUUAUAUUUAGCUAUCUACUUGUACAUUUUAUAA